CGGUGCCCGGCGGGGCGGCGGCGGCCGCGGCCGGGGGAGGUGGCCUCGGGCGGCCGGCUCUGCGCCGGCGGCAGGGGAAUUGUGCCCAUUAACAGGUUGCGACGGGCGGGUGGUCCGCGGCGCUCUUGGCACCCGCGUUUUCGGCGCCGAGGUAGGCAAAACCCAGUUCUUCAGUAUCUGAGGAUGGAUAAAGACUUCCGCUACUACUUCCAGCACCCGUGGUCUCGCUUAGUUGUGGCUUACUUAGUGAUCUUCUUUAACUUCUUAAUAUUUGCUGAGGACCCAGUAUCUCACAGCCAAACUGAAGCCAAUGUUAUUGUUGUUGGUAAUUGUUUCUCCUUUGUAACAAAUAAAUACCCUGAAGGAGGAGGCUGGAUAUUUUUGAAGGUGUUUUUGUGGCUCCUUGCCAUUCUCACAGGACUGAUAGCUGGGAAAUUUCUCUUCCAUCAGCGCUUGUUUGGUCAGUUGCUCCGUCUGAAGAUGUUUCGAGAGGACCAUGGGUCUUGGAUGACGAUGUUCUUCAGUACCAUCCUCUUCCUCUUCAUAUUUUCUCACAUUUAUAACCUGUUCCUCAUUAUGGCAGGAAAUAUGAGUGCAUACAUUAUAACAGACUUCAUGGGCAUCAGGAAUGAAAAUUUUAUGAAGGUAGCUGCAGUCGGGACUUGGAUGGGAGAUUUUGUCACAGCGUGGAUGGUCACAGAUAUGAUGCUUCAGGAUAAACCCUACCCAGACUGGGGAAAGUCUGCCAGAGCUUUCUGGAAGAAAGGAAACAUUAGGAUCAUUUUAUUCUGGACGGUUCUGUUUACUCUGACCUCUGUAGUUGUGCUUGUCAUCACUACUGACUGGAUCAGCUGGGACAAGCUGAAUCGUGGAUUUCUGCCAAGUGAUGAGGUCUCAAGAGCCUUCUUGGCUUCUUUCAUCUUGGUGUUUGACCUUCUUAUUGUCAUGCAGGACUGGGAGUUUCCACAUUUUAUGGGUGAUGUUGAAGUGAAUCUUCCAGGCUUGCCGUCAGCACACAUGCAAUUCAAAGUACCUUAUUUCCAAAAGAUACUGAAAGAGGAAUAUCACAUACAUAUAACAGGCAAAUGGUUUAACUAUGGAAUUAUCUUCCUUGUUUUAAUCUUGGAUCUGAAUAUGUGGAAGAACCAAAUAUUUUACAAACCUCAUGAAUAUGGUCAAUAUAUCGGUCCUGGACAGAAGAUCUACACAGUGAAGGACUCAGAGAGCUUGAAAGACCUCAACAGAACUAAGUUAUCUUGGGAGUGGAGAUCCAAUAACACUAACCCACUGACGAACCGGACCUAUGCCGAAGGGGACAUGUUCUUGCACAGCAGGUUCACAGGCUCCAGCCUUGAUGUCAAAUGCCUGGCUUUUAUUCCAAGUUUGCUGGCUUUUGCUUUGUUUGGUUUCUUCAUCUGGUUCUUUGGGCGAUUUCAGAAAACUGACCAAGGCAUGGAGAAUUUAGACAAAUCGUACACAAGAAUGAAACGAAAGUCACCAUCAGAUAUGGGAAUGACACGAGAAAAUACACAGGUGUUAGAAGAACCAUUGAAUUUUCAAGAACCACACCUGGUAUCCAUAAAAUCAGACUUAAGCGAAAUAGUUUUUAACUCUUCUCUUCUAACUUCUGAAAACUUGAACGCACAACUGAAUGAACAAGACAGCCCUUUACAGCCAGUACCAGAGCCCUCUGUCCCUAAGAAUAAUCCUGUGACAUAGAGGAAAAUACCCAGGAAAAUCAGUUUAAAUAAGCAGUUACUCUAAGAUUGCAGUUUUACCUUUUCUAAGUUAAGAUUUACAUAGUGUUUAGAAUAAGAAACUCAACCUAUGCCAAGAGGUGCUCAGCAUGCUUUUUCUAGGAAUUUUGGUUUUUAUUUGUAUUAUAGUACGUGCCUAUUGUAUAUCUAACAUUCCUUUAUAGAUUGCUUCCCAAAAUUGCACAAGCUAUUUAUUAAUACAUUACCUUAACUGUAUAAUAGUGUAUUAGAUGAUUACUUGCAGGUAUAAAAUUCUACCGUGGUGGUGCCUUGAGACAUUAAACAGUUUUUUAACUCAACACCAGGUGUAUAGCACAGUUCUUCUCAUCUGUUUUGCAAAGCUUUUUGUAUAUGGUUGUUUCAAGUGUCAUUUGAUGUCUUGACAGAGGAGAUAAACAUAGUUAUAAAGAAGCUUUUCUGUUAGGAUACCACAACUUGACUUUGUUAUUUACUCAUCUGUGAAGUCAGAGAUUUUGAUGACCGGACUGCAGAGAAGCAUGUUGAUUACCUUUUAAUUUUUCUGGCUAGCUGCCAAACACAAAUACAGAUUUAUUAUGCAGUAAACAGCAGAGACAUAAUACAGCAUGGGUCACUAGUUGUGAAAAUAUGAGUUUCUCCAUCAGUAAUAGCAAUUAUGUGAUAAUGCCUAAUUAUGUUUUUCUUAAUUAAAGAUAAACUGCUCCUUGAUUUAAAGUUUUACCCUUCAACUUUUAGAAACAGAGGUGAAAAUUCAUGGUUGAAGCAACUCUUUCCAUCAUCACACCAACCCCAUGCAGCAUCAAAGAACCAAAGGAGUGAUUGCAGUAAAGGACACAAAGCCCAUUAAAUCCAGUAUUUUUGCAAUUCAGUGCAGAUAUGGUCUGGGUAUAUAAGAAACAUACAUAGAAACAUACUGCUUAUAGUCUAAUUUCUCCACAUACUGAAGAAAUGUUGAAGGGUUUUAAUUAAAAUAAAUUGAUAGCUAAAUUUUAUUGCAACUUUUUUUUUUUUUUUCCCUUCAUUUGUUAUCCAUGACUAUUCAUAACUUGGAUUCAGAAACAGGGGGUAACUGGGCCUUGUGCUUUUUUGAAGGGGACUUCUUAAUGUGAAUUUCUCUCCUGUAUGAUCAAACUAUAUGCACCAGAGAAAUUGCAUAUAUACAACAUCAGAAAGACUCUGAUUUGCUUCUAUUUCAGUUCUAUAAAAUUGUUGUUACAAGUUACCAAAUAAUAAGUCAUUUUUAAGACUGAAUUAUUUCCCUGUCACUUUCUGGUGUUGCUGUAUUUUGUCUUUGUGACUUUUUUAUCUCUGUUGGUUUUGAUCUAUUUGCUUUUAAGUUUCCAGAAUGCUGAAUUUAGCAUGCAUAAUAGAACUAUGCAUUUAUUAACUGUCACUUGAGAGCCAAUUUUAAUAAACAUCAUUCAACAAUUGUUUAUUAUGAAGCAGGAACACACUCUGUCAGUUUUGCAAUUUUUCAAACCAUUUUACCCAUGUAUUGCCCUAUUUCAAUUGAUAAAUAUUUCUGACGCUAAAAAAGACAGCAUCACACUGAUAUAAAAAUCUAAUAUUUUGUUUAUGAAUAUUUAAUAUUUUAUCAGGGAAAUUAAUUUCAUAAUCAUACUAAUUUUUUAUCAAUUACAAAUUAUGGCUAAACCCAAAUUUAUUUGCUUUUGCCUACUGCAACCUCUAAACUUGUUUAAUUGACUUACAAUAUAAUCAAAGACAAGCCAUUAAUAAGUAAUGAUAAAACAGCGUGAGAUCCUGCUUGUACUAUAUAAGAGGUGAUAUACUGGCGUAUGACAUUCAAACAGCAUUUGAUUUCUUAAGUAGUUACAGAAAUAGCUGUUUAAUUUUGCAGAUACAUGCUUCUCUGUAUGUUUUGGAGACUAAACCCAAGUACUGAAAAUCUCUCGUUAACUCAUUUCUCUAUUUGUGCGGAGUAGUAGUUAAAUACAUGAAUAUGUAGGCAGAAAAAUGAAAUAAUUACUUGAGCUUUACAGCCUGCAUGAUUUCUUGACUCUGAUGAAACUGUUAUUAAGCAACUGAUUUCACAGCUAAAAUAAUUCCUUGACCUUAUAUUGAGUAAAUGCUUUUAAGGUCAUUAUAAGCCUUCAUGAAAGAGAGAAAAGCAUCAAGUAAUCCUGGAUUUUGCAUGAGUAUUUAAAUUAAUGGCCAAGCAUAGAGACUGCUUAUAUCGUGAAUUUGUAAGAGGUUUAAAGAUUCAGUGUAACCACUCACCGUGGUCAACUCAUCUAUCUAAUUAAUGGAGAAAGGACUUCUCAGUCAUGUAGGAGUCUCAUUUGUAAUCACGGACAUAGAUGGAAGAAGAAAGCAGUAUAAUUUCGUUGUCCACUUCCAGUGUUAAGGUUGAGAAGUCUGAGCUAAGUGCUUGCCCCAAGCACCUUAUGAAACAGGCAGGGACUUAGGAGCUGAACAUCCUAAUGUUUCAGUACCUAACAGUCAUUUAUCUCUGCAUUACUGAGUAGUGCAGCCCAGCAAGAACAGGUUUGUGGAGCUGGUGCUGAGGACCCAGUGACCAUUGUUUGUGCAUUUCAGGGGUUUACAUCAGUUUAGCUCUUUGGUCCUGAUAGAGUGAAUGAAGGACAGUGGCUGGGUACAUCCAGAGACCCUGAGUAGAAGGACCUCUCAAGGUCUGAGCUGGAGGAGAGUCAGCCAGCACCAUCACAACUUUACUCCUGAGCUUAGCUGCUAAUGCAGAGUCAUUCUGAGUCUUCUUACCAAAAUGCAAAUAUUUCUCCUGCAAGCACAUUCAUUGUUGUCAACUGUUGUUCACUUUUAACAUUCUGAAAUGCUUUGCUAACUCAAAACAGUCUGAACUGCUUUCUAGUCUAGUACCCAUAACUGGGACCUCAAUAUGAAAAUUUGACCUUCUCCUGAAAAAAACCCAUAGGAGGAGAGAAACUUGGGGAAGUGUCAGUAUUUUCACAAGCAACACAUCUCCAUUCUACCCUCUAUAAUGAACCAUCUAGCAGCUGCCAUCACUGCAGGGCUGGCCAGUGUCUGCUUUGACAAAGAUCAGAUUUGGUACCUCUUUUUUUUAUUUUUACCAUAAAUACAUUGUACAGUGAUGGAUGAUAGAAACCACCUGAUAUAGUAUAUAUAUAUAGAAGAUACAUCUCUAGGAUAAGCACAUAAGAUUUAUGAGCCCACAGGUGCCCAUAAAUUGUCUUAGUGUUCUCAACAAUUACCUUUACUGAGAUGGAAAUGACACGAAGCAAAUAGAAGGUAAGAAUUUUUGUAGAAAGUACCUUAAAUAUAAUAUUCAUGCUUAUGGAAGUAUAUAGAUAUCUUCAAAAACCACAUAUAUAAAAUGCAUAUGUGUAUGUACAUUAGGAGCCCAGGGGUUAGUUGAUUUUGUUGGGAAAACUGCUGAGUUUCUCAAGGCAAUUUACUACUGCCCUUUUCAUGCUACAUUGCUCCAUCAGUUACUUAUUCCAGGUUAUUUCAUCUCCUCUGCCUCUACUUAUUUUGCAGAGAAAAUAUAAGACCAAAGAAAGAUUAUUUAAUUGCACUGUCUGUGUCCCCAAGUUAUUACUUUGUCAAAUUUAUUUGGAAACUAAUUUUUUUCUGGUUUAAAAUAUUUCUUUCUUUCCAGCUAGUGUCAUUGUACUUUGGGCUACUGUACUGUAUUACAGUAUGUGCUAAAUUAUUGUUUUUUCUGCACUGAACAGCAUCCAUCAUGACAACCACCUGGGAACAAAGAGCAGACACCUCACAAAGACUGGGAAGUUAGCAAAUCAGCUCCUUAGUAGACUGGCAAGCUCAUUUUCCCACAAGUGAACAGGUUAUGGCUCACUAGUAAAAGAUGUAAUAGAUUUUUAAUACACUGGCACUAAUUUUAACAACCUUCUAGAAGGGGCCCAGUGGGAGAGGACUUUUUAUCUUAGCCUACAAAUCUGAAGCAGUUACAUCCUGCAAGCAGAGGUAAAGGUUUCACUUUUUAGGGUGCAUUUAAAAGUAACCAGCUUAAACUUUGAGCAGAUUGCAAGAACCAUAAAAAUUAGACAACACUGUGAGUAAGAACAUGAAGGUGAUUCACUUUGUGCCUCCUGGCACAGAAUGGAGACAAAACACUUUUGACAGAUGUUUGAGUGGCCCUGUGCUUGGGAUUAUGGGUAUUGACAUGCAAAGAUUCAAACAGCAUUUAUUAACAAACAGUUGCAGUACCUUUAUCAACAGAGGUGCUACUGCCAGCACCAGACAGACCAGCUCUUCUGUCAUACUCUUUCUGUCCUGUCCAUCCAUGCUAACUUAUAAAUGACAAAGGAGCUGCUCCUCUCCCUGUGCAUUCAAAACUGUCCAGUGGGGAGUCUGGGCUACCUGAGUGUGCUGUGGCAUGUUAUUGCAAUGUCUAAUAUACAGCUCCAAGAAGGACAACCAAGGGCAGGCAAAAGGGGGGAGUCUGGUCCGUCAGUUUUAUGGCCUUGAGGUGGAGAAUGUCACUUACGUGACCAUUUCAGAAGGAAAUCAAUAUAAAUAGAAGUCCUGUUUCAUUGGAAUAAAAAGGGACAAAUGGAGAGACAGGAAAUCACUAGAAAUCUUUUCCAUCCUCUUCAGAUAUUCAAACAGAAGCAGCAAGUCCCUGUUUCAAAUGUUCACAAACAGUUCCCAGCUUCCAGAUGACUUCUGGGUGAGUAGCUCUUCUGGAUAACUAGGUUUUAACACCAUCAUAAUUCCCUCCUAACACUUUCUGUGCAUGGGGGAUGUCAGCAGCUUUUCACUGUUUGGGGGAAUGGAGUAGUUUUCUGAAAAGGAAGUGGGAAAGAAAUUGUAAGGGACAUGCUCCAUGAGGCUGGUACUCUUCACAGCAAACUCCUUCUUGGAGAAAGGAAAAGCAUGAAUCCAGCUGCUUUGCAAAGAGGAGUGAAGUAGCAAAAUCAAAUCCUUUCAGAAAUAUAUCUUAUAUCAGCAGCACAGUCACAGAGAUACUUCUAAUGCCAUGCUUUUCCUUUAAUGUGUAGCAUUGGGGUGUUCACAAGAGCAGCUUAUCUGAUUCUAGCAGGCAGGUUACAGACCCGGCUCUCAUGCUGUUUGUGACAUCUGCAAUACUUCAUAUUGAAUUCCUUCUUGUCUUCAUUUUUCUCUUGUUUUCUCCACUAAAAGUCCAUUUCAUUUCAUUCCUGUGUUUUUAUUUCCAAUAAACUUUUAUUGUAAGUGACCUAAAUGGCGAGUUACCCUCCAAAGGCCCAAAAUUGCUGUUAUUGAUUUGGUACCGUCUGUAUCCCUCUCCCUCCCCUUCAAUAGGGAUAAACAUCGGUGGUGACUGCUCUGAGACACUGCAUGCCUUGCUGACCUUUCCUUUGAGAGCUCUGAGGACACAUAAAGGCACUUGAUGUGCUGGUGGCUAUUAGGUCUUUUGGUCAACAAAAUACAUACUCAGACAUGGUUAGAGUUUCAGUAUUUAAUUGUUCACAGAAUCACUUGCUGAAAGCAGGUAUAGCUUGAGCCACCACCAGUUAGAAUUAGAAUAUUCCAAAACUGCAGUUGCUCCAGCUGCUCCAGAUGUUUGAGGACUUUUGCAAGGUUCAUUCCCUGUCGGCUGUGGCAGCAUUGCUGAGAAUGCAUGUGUGACUUUAGUGUCAACCAAUGAUAGAACAAGUAGAGAUAAUUUCCAGUAAUCAUUGUUUCCAUGUUUCCAUGGUUACUGGAGAAUUUUCUAUUUUUGCUUCAUGAAACUAUAAAAAAAACAGAAUGUCUUCCAAAUCUUUGCAAGGUUAAAGUUAAAUUAUGAGUAGACAAUCUAGCCAUUUUUGCUUCAUUGCAACCUUCUUACUCCCUUUUCACCCUUUCCAUCAAUUUUGACCUGCUGAUCCACAGCAAAGCUAUGCCUCAAAAAUAAUCCCAAAGGGGAGAGCAAUCAAAUUCUUUUCUGUGCAGUCCUGGAGAGACUUCAGACAUCAUUAAUUCAAAUUU